AUGACCCUGAACUUGUCGCCCUACACACCAGUUUCCAGAAACAGCGAGACCGUUUGCUGGCAUGGGGUCUCAGAUUGGAGUGACGCUAGCGCCGCCCAGCCCAAUGAUAUCGACGAGUCCCUGACCGCAGCUGGCUUCAGCGAUGUCGUCGAGAGUGUCAUGUCUUCAAUUCAGGACCUGCUCUACCGGGCAGAGCAGGUCCAGCAUAUCGAUCCGCCCAUGCUCCCCUCCAAGGAACGCAGGAUAGAUAUCAAGGACAGCCUCGGCAGCCUGCCCUUGAAGACACAGUGGACCGAUGAUGAUAUUAGUCGUUCCAACACGAUCCUGAGCGACUUGACAGCAUGCAUCGACACUCUCUAUGAUCUUUCUCGCUCGCGACGUGAGGCGAGCAUGUCGAGCAAGUACAACGCCACCGCACGCUCACGGCCGACCCUUACUUCUCCGUACGAUUACUCUUACGGCUCCUUGUCAGACUCAAAGGGAAAGGUCCAAAGUCCUAAGCAGAUGAGCGACCCUUUCAACUAUUCCCCGUCCACCAACAAGCGCGAUUUCAGCAAUACUCUCGCCUCCCAUCCUUUCGUCAUCGACCGAUCGGCAUUGCAACUAUACGGAGCGGCCCACGAUAAUAGCCCCCCCACCAUAUGA